UUUUUAAGGAAAAAAACCUUCUCCGGGGAAGUUACAGGAAAGUGACCUUCUGGGGAGAGAAAUACAGAGCUGGUAAUGGCUUCAGUGAGAAACGUACCUUAUGGAUUUAGUGCAAAUUAUGAGACUGUAAUAAAGAUAAUUGGGAGCAAAUAUGUCCGGUGCCUUGUAGAGAAAAGUGAUGGGAAAGCAAAGGAGAUUGUGAAACCUGAGGCACAGGCCAUGCGCCAGACAUUACCUCCUCGUAAUGUAAGACAGUCAAAUGGAAAAUCUCCAGACCUCAACAAGGCACCUGGUCAGCAAAUCAAUCAUGGUGUCAGCGUUGAACUGCAGAACAAAGACAGAAUGGAAAAACAGUCAUCCAACCAACCAGAGACAAAUGUUAUCAGAUCUGUGGACAGCAAAGAAUUAAAGCCACUGAAUUUAUACUGUGUCACUGCUCCCUGUGGAGAUAGGUCUUUAUCUUACAUUCACUCAAUCAAAAAAACAUCUAUUGAAGCUCAGAAUUCAAAACAACUUCAAAAACAGGACAUCCUGCCAGAGUUAACAGAGACAAAGGAUGAGGAUGAUUCUCUUCUAGCUCUGCUUAAAAAGGAAAUUGAACUGCAUCCUAUAAGUCUCACUGCUUUGGGCAGCCUUCAUGAAGAGCUCAAAGAGAUGGAUCCCAGAAAAUCAGGAUUUCUGUCUCAGGCCCAGCUGAGCAUCCUGCUUCUCAAACAUGAUGUCCCCCUACAAUUACCAACAGUCAAACUCCUUUUCAAAAAAUGUUCACAGGCUAAUGACCAAGAAUUGAUAAAUUAUGAAAAAUUGAUCCAGUUAUUAACACUAGUGUCAUCAAGCAAAAUGCAACAAAUCCUUCCUGAGAAGAAUCAAAGUAAAAGGAAUCAAAGUUCUUGGACAUCCAAAGAUAUAUUUCUGGCAUUGAAGCAAAUACUGAAAGAACAAAAAGGAGAGCUGGACUUGGGAAAAUUAACCCAGAGUUUUCUGCAAGAAGACCAGAUUUGCUCAGGCCUUCUUUCAUUUCCUGAGGUAGAGAAUAUUUGCCAAAAGUAUGGACUAGUUCUACAUCCUGGGAUGAUGGAAACUUUGGUCAAUUUAUGUGGCUUUGGUAGAAGAGGCAGAAUACAAUGGAAACCAUUUGUAGAGUUUCUGAAGAAAGCCCAGACUGGAAUAAACCCUGCUUUGCUUGUUUGUAAAAGAAGAAAUGAGGAGAAGAGUGAAGAUAAUUCUCAGCAUGUUCCUUUGAAGAUCAAACAGCAGCCUAUAUUUCGUACUGCUAAACCACAGAACUCAUAUGAUUCUGGUGAUUCUGAAGGACGAGAGGCCUGGAUAGACCGAUUUAGAAAAUUGGAGAAAGCCCUUUAUUUAUCCGAUGUCAAAAACACAGGCAAGUUGGAAAAAGAAAAAGCCAAGCGCCUGAUCCAUAACUACAAUCAAAUUUAUGAUCUGUGCCUUAGUCCUCUGAAAAUUGAUAAAGCGUUCCGACCUUUUCAUUCUGGACAAGAUAUGCCACUGGAACCAUUACUUCAGUACUUAAAGGAGCUCUAAUCUAUACUAAAAGAGAGUUCUCUCAUGGAUAUCUACCCAGCGAUGUUCUUAUUAAUUCAAUAUAUAAGAAUUCCUACUUUUUAGUUUCA